UGCCUGCCGCCAAUCGUUGUCAUCUGGGGGCGAAUGUGUUCAAUUUAGUCCUCCCAGUCUUCUUAGUCCUCUUAGUUCUCUCUAGUUCUCUUAGAUUGAAUUCUAUCCGCCUUCGCCCUCGUUCCCUACCCUCCAAAAGAAACGCCCCCAAUACUUUUUUUUCUCCUAAAACUUAAUAGUCGUGACCCGGGCCCUCUUUGAAUCUCUUGACAACCCAACGCGCCCCCCCCAAUCCCCAUUUCUCCCCUUGAGUCUCCACUCUUUAACUCUAUCCAUCAACACAAUCGCGAAAAAGAACUUGAAAGUGCUCCAGUGCACGUUUUGAGCCUCAAUCCGAUCCUAAUAGACGCCCUGUGGUUCUUCGCUGUCGCUCAUUUUCGAUCCACCUUUUACCUUUCUAGACGUGCGUUUAUCGCAUAAACACGUUGUUUUCGCCGUUAUCGCCUCACACACAGCACAAUCUCUUUGUGCUACAACGGCCUUCCCGGAGAAAAUCCUCGGAAAAUCUUCAACGCAGAGAAAACGCGAAAUAGCAUGACGGUUGGGCCAAGUACUUUCUGAUCUUUUACAUCGCUCCAAGCCCAGGCGCGAACACAAGGCGGGGUCAAACAAUUAGUAGACCUCUCUUUUAUUCUACGACUGAAAGACACGUCCCAAGGACUUCUCUUCACGUACAUCGAACAAUCGACGAUCAUGGAUCAAUAUGCCAAUAGUAGCAGCAACAACAACAACAACAAGUCUUCGAGCAGCAACCUCCCGACCACCUCAUCCUCGAUAUACUCGUCGCUGCCUUCGAUAGCCCCCCAGCAGCUUCAACAAAACGCGUCGUUGCCACCUCAGACGCUGCCGCCGUUGCAGGCUCAGCAUGCCGCGUUGUCCAUGCACUCCAUGUAUGGGCAGCCGCUGAGCGCGCCACACACUCCGACCUCGACCCAGCCCAACACACCUGGAUCGACGGGCAAUGGGGGAUUCCAGCAGAUGAGCAGCCAGCCCGCUCCUCGCCAGUACCACCUCCAGCCGAACUCAUCGUACCAGCAGCCCAUUCAGCCAUACAGCAGCAAUUCCUCGGGCAUGAUGCCCCAGGGCUCCAUGUCGAUGUCUCAUCCGCACCCGCAAGCAAUUGCGCCUGCGCCGGGACCAACUCAUAACCGUCUGGUGCCAUUGCGUCCUAUGAACCCAUCUACACCAUUGCACGCUCAGCACCCGAUGCAUCAGCAGAUGCAAGGGGGUAUGGGAUCUCCCUACGGGCAACAGGGCCCUCCGCAUGAAGAGGUCCCCACACACGUUGUUGGAUCGCAAGGUCGCAGAGGCAUCCUUCCCAGUGCUCCCGGACGCCCUACUGUCACUGCCACCGGCCCAGGCGCGAGCAAGAAUGCCCAAAUCCCGGCCAAGGAUGCCGAUGGAAAGUUCCCUUGCCCUCAUUGUGUGAAGACAUACCUGCACGCGAAACAUCUAAAGCGCCAUCUUCUCAGACACACCGGCGACCGCCCAUAUAUGUGCGUUCUUUGCCGCGAUACGUUUUCCAGGUCCGAUAUCCUCAAGCGCCACUUCCAAAAAUGCUCGAUCCGCCGUGGAAACCCCACCGGGGCCAGCCAUUUGUCCCACGCGCAGUCUCAUUUGAAGAAGAACCAGCCCGCCCACAAAAAUACCCUCCCAGCCGCGACUGAAGGAGAUAUGAUGAGAAACAUGAACGUGUUGAACGGCGUCCCCACGGACCCUGGUCUCCACCCAUACAACCUCAUGGCGGAUGGACGCAUGCCCGAUGGCCAGGCAACCCCCCAAGACGACCAGCUGUCUCAGGGUCACCUCUCCCGGGCCAGCAGCAUCAAGAGAAUCGGCAGCAAUGACGGGCGCGACAGGCGCACCAUGGCCGGUCCUUCGCGCAGCGGCUCCGGUCGCACUAGCUUCGAACAGAACUACAACGGCGAGAUCCCCAGCACCAUGGGCGAGAUCCCUAGCACAAUGGCGUCCAUGAACCCGCAGCUCGCCGCCUACCCUAUCCCCAACGGUCACCACGGCGGUAUCUCCAACGGCCACAACGGCCAGCAGCAGUACAGCCACCAGGGACCCCCAAGCGGCCAGAAUGGUCACCAGUACGGUCACGGCGGUCCUCCUUACGGACAGCACUAUGAAUACCCGGGUCAGGGUAAUGGCAGCUCCAUGCAGCAGCAGCAACAGCAGCAGCAACAGCAACAACAGCAGCAACAGCAGCAGCAGCAGCCUGCUAGCGAGGAGAUGGGAUCGAUGGCGAACGGACGGGGCUCUAUGCCCAUAUACGGCAACCUCUCCAACUUAGACUUCAUUUAGACUCUCCUUCUCGUGUAUACCACAAAAAAACAAAGAACUUUGGGCAAAAGAUUGGGAGGGGAUAAAGAGACUUGGGAGGGCAUAUUUUUUGUUAAUGUGUGUCGUCCUGUAGAUUAGCAUUGUUGCUUGCUUGGUUUGUGUGGUUUUUGUUUUUGGGGGGCCUCGGUGGCUCUUCUGGCUUUGGUUGGUGGGGGUUUAUAGAUAGAGAUGAUUGUUUAUGUCCCUCGAAAUGAUUAGACUAAAAUCCAAAAAUUGUGCAUAAUUAAAAUACUGGUUCCGUUAUAUCGUUUUUAUAAAGUGCAUUCUGAUCAAAUAAAUGAAGGGAAAAGUUCCCGUGGUUGCGUG